UUUGCCGCAAGUUUUUCUAGUUGAAGUGAAGCUGCUCCGCGUUGUAGAAGUCGAUCGUUUCUUCUCCAAGUCGCCGAUAUUGGUGCAUAUCUUGUUCUAAGUCUGCUUCAGUUCGAAGAUAGCAAUCUUUCUGUCCAAAACAGUGCGUGCGAAUAAGCGCACAUAAGCUACUUUAUCGUAAAAUGGUGGGAUCGCGUGUGUACGUCGGUGGCUUACCGUACGGUGUCAGGGAACGCGACUUGGAGCGUUUUUUUAAAGGUUAUGGAAGAACAAGAGAUAUUCUCAUCAAGAAUGGUUACGGCUUCGUGGAGUUCGAAGACUAUCGGGAUGCUGAUGACGCCGUUUACGAAUUGAACGGGAAAGAAUUAUUGGGAGAAAGGGUCGUCGUCGAACCUGCUCGUGGAACGGCCCGUGGUCCGAGUGGCUACCGCGAGAGAGAUCGAUACGAUAGGGAUCGUCGUGGUGGAAGGUACGAUAAAUAUAAAAGCAAUUCCAGGAACAGUUCCCGCUAUGGACCCCCUCUGCGCACCGAAUAUCGUUUGAUCGUGGAAAAUUUGUCAACCCGAGUGAGCUGGCAGGACUUGAAAGACUACAUGCGCCAAGCUGGAGAGGUGACUUAUGCAGAUGCUCACAAACAACGGAAAAAUGAAGGUGUGGUUGAAUUUGCAACACUAUCCGACAUGAAGACGGCAAUUGAAAAGUUGGACGAUACCGAACUUAAUGGGCGCAGGAUUCAUCUGGUAGAGGACCGUGGGCGCAAUGGACGAAAUGGACGCGGACGGUCCCGAUCAUCGAGCAGUCGCUCGAGAUCACGCUCACGUCGCCGUUCUCGUUCCCGGUCUCGCUCUCGUCGCUCUUCACGAAGCCGCUCCAAGUCUCGCAGCCGUUCGAAGUCGAAGAAUGGAUCGAAAUCACCGGAAAAAUCUCGCUCUCGUUCACGUUCGAACAAAUCUCGCGACAACAGCAAGUCGAAAUCACGCUCCCGAUCACCGAAACGAGAUCGCGAUGAGUCGAGAUCCCGCUCGCGCUCACGCUCGAAGUCACACUCUCGCUCGCGUUCCAAGUCCAAGGACAACAAAUCCCGCUCGCGUUCUCGAUCCCGGUCACGCACACCGCGUUCCCAUUCGAGAUCCCGUGAUCGUUCGCAAUCGCCAGACAAGUCCCACGACAAGUCUCGAUCGGCAUCACCAAAAAAUAACGAUCACUCUCCGGAGCGUAAUGAAAGCAUGGAAGAUUAAACAACACGCCUGUGUUGAAGAUAAUUUGACCGUGCCGAAAAUAACAACUUUCUGCAGGACUUGCACUUUUUUUUAAAUAACUUCUUUUACGUAUCAACUACAAUUCAGCCAUCAGCAGUAUGUCUGAAA